AUGGAGACAUCGUCACGGCGAUCCGAUAUUCGCACACGCCAUCGAGGCAUCGCUUCCACCCGUCGAGCUUUCUUGCGCUCGCUCUUUUCGUCAUCCUUCUUGACGCCGGAUAUUCCUCGGCGCGGUGCCAAGCAUCAGCCAAGGUCAAUUGCGUUCUCGCGGAAACGCAAGUUGCGGGAACUCUUCGCUGUUGCGACCGACGAUGGCAUUCCCAACCACGACCCCAACGAUCCGGACGCGCCGACAACCACGCCCGCCGAGCAAAAGUUUUUGAACGAAUUCGACAUUUUGCAGGGCCGGCGAUUCGACAAGCUCACCAUCCCGGCGCGCCGGAAGGUCUUCGAUGCACAUCGACUCCGCGCGAUCUAUGAUUCGACAACCAUAGCCGAGGCCACACCCUUCGCUGCGCCUGCGAAGAUCGAGAACCAACCUCCCGAACCUUGCUACACCAAUGGCACGAAACUCGACAAACCGACGAACCAGCCAAGAGGCUCUAUCCAACAUGCAUCACCGCAGGCAACUGGUAAAGCGUUACCCGUUGGUCAAGGGUCCCCUUCUACCGCUCAGUCGUCGGUUGUAGCCCCAAAGACACACAAGGACAGCUCCAGAGACCAAGCGAAGGAAGCGCCUACCCAUCCAGCAAGUUGUCGUCAGGUCGAAGGUGUCACUGGCAGUCGUCCAUCUACAGAUAGUGCAUCGACUGCGACGGCUCAACAUCCGUCCCUACAAGUGCCUGCCACCGCCCUUUCUCGCGUCGAUGUGCAAAUUUCACGAACCAACCAGAAACCGGUGCAAUCAGAGGUCGAUGAACGCCGGGAUUUCAAAGAUGGCGAACCUGCCGUAUCAGAUCAACAGCCCCUUACAUCGAACCCUUCUAGCCAUCUGGAUAUACUGUCGUCCCCUGGCUCUACUGCCCAGUCGAUGUUGACCCCCGCCGUCCACGAUGCGUCCGCAGACACGAGCCCUGAUAGCGAAGCAACCCACAAUCUAGAAAGAGUCGAGGAGAAGGCCGCUGUUGAAUUGCAGGGAGAUCUUAUGCCAGAGGAGGAGGCUGCCAUUGCUAUGCCACCUCCUAGCGGGCUUGAGAAUAUUACACCGAUAGCGACGAGUCCGACUCGGAAAGGUCCCCUGGGGGCUAGGGAUAAGAUUGUCGAUGAACAUCAAGUUGGGUCAACAGCGGCACGGGUAGGCAGUUUGCAGCAUGGCGAAUGGCUGUCAGACACCCUAGCCGGGCCCUCGAUGAUACCAGGCAAUGCUAGUGUGGAAGAUCGGAACGGAGGGGAUGGGGGUAUAUCGGCGCUCAUGGAUAUCGACAAGCCGGAAGACGCCGCGACCGAGAACGAAGGUGUUGCCAAUGCCGGCUUAUCACAGGAAUCCCAUGCUACGGCAACGGCCGUUCCAGCCCCUCCCCAACCUGCUGGUGUACUGGCUGCCGAGACGACCAGCACCGUGGAGGUGGCCGUUAAUCCGCGGUCAUCCAGCCUCUCGCUCGCCCCGAUCGAGCCCACAAGGCCAGUUUCGGCGGACCGGGAUGGAUCUCGUUCCAUGCGAGACGAAGAAAUCGACCCUGAGGCGCCUCCCACGCAGCUCAAGUUGUAUGCUAGCAGAACGCGCGAUAGGCGGCGCAGAAGCACGCCAACUGUUAUUUUCGGCAAGCAACCGAAAAAACCGAGACCGUCAGAUGAUGGGACAGUGGCUGUCGGUCAGCAGCAACCCGGACAUCUUCCUUCGGACGACUAUUUCACCCCCCUCUUCAUCGAGGGUUUCACUCGACAAUCAACCUGGAUGAAGCCUAUCGAAAAACUCAUCAACCAGGCCCACAAAACGAUAUCGACCACGGACCAGUAUAUUUCGAUGUUAGAUCACCAAGCGUGCAAAAUACUACGUAGAGUGUAUCAUCUCCAGCAACACGACAAGUGGUCUCUAAGGCAGCCGGUUCGAUGCUCAGAGCCAACAAGACCAGCAUCUCACUGGGACGUUCUUCUCCAGGAGAUGAAAUGGAUGCGAACCGAUUUUCGCGAGGAGAACAAGUGGAAACGGACAGUUGCACGAAAUCUCGCCCACGCGUGUGCCGAAUGGGUUCACUCAGACCCGGCGGAGCGACUGAUGCUGCAGGUGAAUGCGGUUAUUCCACCUCGACCGGCAGAGGUGGAAAUGAAAGGGGCAAACCUCGGGGACGAAGCCCUGCCCGAUUUGGUCCAUACCGACUCUCCAAUCGAAAACGAAGAUGAUCUCCCCGAAAUCCUGGUUGAUUGUGUGGCCCCCUCGGCCAUUUUCGCUCUCCCAGAUGAUGAGGUAGUCUUUGGGCUCCAGCCCUCAAAAACGGCUGACCUCCUUCUGGAAAACCUUCCAUUGCAUGGCUCGCCCCUUACUGUUCCAAAGUUUGACGUCUCGGAUACAGACUACGACCCGGACGCCAAAUGGAAGCGGCCAGCGGUACCACUGAGUAAAUACGUGGAGGGCGGAAUGGUACUGGCGAGCAACGGUCCACCCCGCAAGCGGCGCCGAUACGACUACCUCGCUGAAGACGACCCCGACAACAACGACGACGAAGUGAUAUUUGGAUAUGAGCCCGCCAACAACAAUAGAGAGCUACAGGCCGAGAAUUCUAUGGUUGCAUUGUUCAAUCCGGAAAUGAAGGGCAUCCGAGACCGCUUGCAUGCCGGCCACCAGUUCCGGCCACCCAAUGAACAUGCCAUGCCCCCCCAGAGCUUCUUUGAGAGCCGAACCGCAUCUCAGUGGACGUGGGCGGAAGAUGAGCAGCUGAAGUCUCUUGUCCGCGAAUGUUCAUAUAACUGGUCGUUGAUCUCGGCCAUGUCAUCAACCGUGUCCGCCUUCGCAUCUGGAGCAGAGCGGCGCACACCAUGGGAAUGCUUUGAACGAUGGGUGAACCUCGUGAGCUUGGAUGGCCUGCCGAAUGAUAUGGCUAGGACUCCGUACUUCAAGGCCUAUCAAGCCAGGAUUGACGCAGCCCAGCGAGCCAUCGCACAGCACAACCAAAAUGCGCAGCAGCAGGUCGGACCCAAUGGCGCAGUUACGCCAAUCCCUAGGCGAAGACCGACCACGAGCAUCCGGGUCGAGCGACGCCGCAAUCAGAAGCACCUAGCGUUGAUUGACGCCAUGCGAAAGCUGGCCAAAAAACGAGAGGCAACGGCUCAAAAAGCUCAGCAGGCAGCGAACCUGGCAGCGAUGCGGAAGGCCAACGAAGUGCCCAGACAGCAAAUUCAAAACAAGACGCCGCGGGAUUACAGCAUUAUGAGAUGGGAGCGAGACCAAGCACUUGCGGAGAGGAUGGCCGCGUAUGCCAUUCGGCAAGCGGACGCGAAUGCACGGAGAUUGAAACAAAAUCACCCGGGUCAAGGGCCAGGGACUCCCGGUGUCGCCCAAGGCGCCCAGACAGCGGCACAACUUGCUGCCGUGGCCUCGGCCAACGGUGCCGCUCGCCUCAAUGUCCCUGGACAGCUUGCCGCGGCUGCAGCCGCGCAAAACCGUACCCCUGGGCGGGUAACCAGCAGCGGGUGGCCAUCCAGCAACUGCAACACGCAACAACAAGUUCAACAAACACAGCAAGGACAAGCGCAACAAUCCCAGUCGCAGCAAUCGCAAACACAGCCACAGCAGCAACAGCCACAACCACAACCACAACCACAACCCUCUCCGCAACAGCAACAACAACAACAGCAGCAGCAGCAGCAGCAUCCGCUUCAUCUCCAGCAUCAACCUCAACAGCAACAAGCCGCACAACACGCACAACAGCAAGUUGCCCAGCAGCAACAGUCCCAGACCAACCAAACCCAACAACUACCGCAAACUAACGGAGCACAAGGUUCGCCGACGCCAUUACGCAAUGUGGUCAAUGGCGUCAACCAAGGAGCAUUUUUGACCAAUGCACAGGCAAUGAUGGCGUCGUUUGGUGCGGCUAACGGGGCUGGCUUGGUAACCUCGCCGGGUGCUGGGUUGAGCCUGCCGGCGAUGGCGGGUCGGUCUCCGGGAGGGAUCCUGAAUCAACAUAUCACACAGCGACUUGCUGAGCUCGAAGCGCAUUACCGGGCCAAGAACCCGAAUCUGCCACCUGAGACAGUGCGGCAACUGGCAACUGAGCACCUUGGUAGGAUGAUUGUUCAGAGCCAGCAGCAGGCGGCCAUGAACGCGGCGGCAGGAGCGGUUGCGCAACAGUCGAUGAAUAGCCCACAUCAAUAUGCUUCGCUUCUCCGAGCACAGCAGCAGGCCCAAGCACAGCAGGCACAAGCACAGCAAGCCCAAGUACAGCAGGCCGCCCAGCAAGCGGCUCAACAAGCCGCCCAGCAACAACAAGUGGGGCAACAUCAGAGACAGUCGAGUGGGAGUGCGACGCCGGCGCCUGGAAAGUAG